ACAAUACAGUGGAUAAACCAACCGCCCAAGGUACCUCCGAUGCUCCGCUCAGCCACAGAGGGCGGAGUUAUAGGGCGUCCGCAGGGGUGGUGCCUCUGAGCCAGAAAGCACAGGUCUUCAGGGGCGAUCCAGUCUCAGCCUCUGGCUGGUUGUUGGGCUUCGAGCAGGAGGAAUCUCAGCUCUGGGCCAGCAGAGCCUCCACGCCCGGGGAGCGCGGGGCAGGCUGGGAGAACUCUCACAGGAAGAUCUGAAAGCGGUGGGUCAACCAGCAACUUCCGCCCAACCGCACUCAAUAAUCUGUCCAGAGUCCCCACUGGCCUCAGUCUGUGGUUUUAUAUAUUUUUGGACCAUCAGUGUAGGGUUGAUAAGGAUCCAAGGAGCGUGUGCUCAGGCCGUGGAUGGUUCUUAUCAAGCCCAUGCAGAUCUCCUGCAGUCAGCUUGGCUCUUGCUUAUUUUUGUUACUGUUAUGGUGAAGUUGUUUAAUUCUCUGCUCCUUACACUGAAUCAAACACUUGCAGUUUGUUCCUGAAUGAAAGAAGACUGAUAGUUCCAUAGAAAAUGGUUCUCAGACUCACAUGUGUGUGAGAAUCUCCUGGAAGAUUUGUUUAAACACAGGUAGCUAGACUUCUCUCCUUCUGAUGCUGAGAAUGUCCAUCUGGUGCUAACACUGCUGGUUCAGGGACUGCUGUCAGAACUACACAGUGCAGAAAUGGAAAACACAGGAGGUGGAGGGUGUGCCAAGGUGGAGGCUGGGACUCAUCCAUGGUUCAGGAGCUUCAGUUUCAACGACUCACCCGAGAACUGGAAGUGGAAAGGCAGAUUGUUGCCAGUCAGCUAGAAAGAUGUAGGCUUGGAGCAGAAUCACCAAGCAUCGCCAGCACCAGAUGUUUGAAUGCAUCUUUAGUCAGCACCAUGCUGGACCCUGUGAUGCUGACAUCAAAGGCUCUCUUCUCAACUGAGAAGUCAUUUCCUUGGAGAUCAGAGGUGCCAAAUACUGGUGCAAGCAAACCUAGAGUUUCUGACGCUGUCCAUCCCAACAACUAUCUCAUCAGGACAGAGCCAGAGCAAGGGACUCUUUAUUCACCAGAACAGACAUCUCUCCAUGAAAGUGAGGGAUCAUUGGGUAACUCAAGAAGUUCAACACAAAUGAAUUCUUACUCCGACAGUGGAUACCAGGAAGCAGGGAGUUUCCACAACAGCCAGAACGUGAGCAAGGCUGAUAAUAGACAACAGCAUUCAUUCAUAGGAUCAACCAGUAACCAUUUGGUGAGGAAUUCAAGAGCUGAAGGACAAACACUGGUUCAGCCAUCAGUAGCCAAUCGGGCCAUGAGAAGAGUUAGUUCAGUUCCAUCUAGAGCGCAGUCUCCUUCUUAUGUUAUCAGCACAGGCGUGUCUCCUUCAAGGGGGUCACUGAGAACUUCUCUGGGUAGUGGAUUUGGCUCUCCAUCGGUGACGGACUCCCGACCUCUGAACCCCAGUGCAUACUCGUCCACCACAUUGCCCGCUCAGCGGGCAGCCUCUCCGUACUCACAGAGACCCGCCUCCCCAACAGCCGUGCGCCGGAUUGGGUCAGUAACCUCCCGGCAGACCUCCAAUCCCAACGGACCAACCCCUCAGUACCAAACCACCACCAGAGUGGGGUCCCCGCUGACCCUCACGGAUGCACAGACUCGAGUAGCUUCCCCAUCCCAAGGCCAGGUGGGGUCAUCGUCCCCCAAACGCUCAGGGAUGACUGCCGUACCACAGCAUCUGGGACCUUCACUGCAAAGGACUGUUCAUGACAUGGAGCAAUUCGGACAGCAGCAGUAUGACAUUUACGAGAGGAUGGUUCCACCUCGGCCAGACAGCCUGACAGGCUUGCGGAGUUCCUACGCUAGUCAACACAGUCAGCUUGGUCCAGACCUUCGUUCAGCUGUGUCUCCGGACUUGCACAUCACCCCUAUAUACGAGGGGAGGACCUAUUACAGCCCAGUGUACCGCAGCCCAAACCACGGAACUGUGGAGCUCCAGGGGUCCCAGACGGCGCUGUUCCGCACAGGCUCAGUAGGUGUUGGAAAUCUACAAAGGACAUCCAGCCAACGAAGUACCCUUACAUACCAAAGAAAUAAUUAUGCUCUGAACACAACAGCUACCUAUGCGGAGCCCUACAGGCCGAUCCAGUACCGAGUACAAGAGUGCAAUUAUAACAGGCUCCAGCACGCAGCACCGGGUGACGAUGGCACCACCAGAUCCCCAUCAAUAGACAGCAUUCAGAAAGACCCCAGGGAGUUCGCCUGGCGUGACCCUGAGUUGCCUGAGGUCAUUCACAUGCUGCAGCACCAGUUCCCGUCUGUCCAGGCCAACGCAGCAGCCUACCUGCAGCACCUGUGCUUCGGCGACAACAAAGUGAAGAUGGAGGUGUGUAGGCUAGGGGGAAUCAAGCAUCUGGUUGACCUUUUGGACCACAGAGUUUUAGAAGUUCAGAAGAAUGCUUGCGGUGCCCUCCGAAACCUUGUUUUUGGCAAGUCCACAGAUGAAAAUAAAAUAGCAAUGAAGAAUGUUGGUGGGAUACCUGCCUUGUUGAGACUGUUGAGAAAAUCUAUUGAUGCCGAAAUAAGGGAGCUUGUUACAGGAGUUCUUUGGAAUUUAUCCUCGUGUGAUGCCGUGAAGAUGACAAUCAUCCGAGACGCCCUCUCAACCUUAACAAACACUGUGAUCGUUCCACAUUCUGGAUGGAAUAAUUCUUCCUUCGAUGAUGAUCAUAAAAUUAAAUUUCAGACUUCACUCGUUCUGCGUAACACGACAGGUUGCCUGAGGAACCUGAGCUCCGCAGGGGAGGAGGCACGGAAGCAAAUGCGGUCCUGCGAGGGGCUGGUGGACUCGCUGCUCUACGUGAUCCACACAUGCGUGAACACUUCCGAUUACGACAGCAAGACAGUGGAGAACUGCGUGUGCACGCUGCGGAACCUGUCCUACCGGCUGGAGCUGGAGGUCCCGCAGGCCCGGCUGCUGGGGCUGAACGAACUGGACGACCUGCUCGGAAAAGAGUCUCCCAGCAAAGACUCGGAGCCGAGCUGCUGGGGCAAGAAGAAGAAAAAGAAGAAGAGGACCCCACAAGAGGACCAAUGGGAUGGAGUCGGUCCUAUCCCUGGGCUGUCGAAGUCCCCCAAAGGGGUUGAGAUGCUGUGGCAUCCGUCGGUGGUAAAACCAUAUCUGACUCUUCUAGCAGAAAGUUCCAACCCCGCCACCUUGGAAGGCUCCGCAGGAUCACUCCAGAACCUGUCUGCCGGCAACUGGAAGUUUGCAGCCUACAUCCGGGCAGCUGUCCGAAAAGAAAAAGGGCUCCCCAUCCUUGUGGAACUCCUGCGGAUGGAUAACGAUAGGGUUGUUUCUUCUGUGGCAACUGCCUUGAGGAAUAUGGCGCUGGACGUUCGCAACAAGGAGCUCAUAGGGAAGUACGCCAUGCGAGACCUGGUCAACCGGCUCCCCGGUGGCAACGGCCCGAGCAUCCUGUCUGACGAGACCACGGCAGCCAUCUGCUGUGCCCUGCACGAGGUCACGAGCAAGAACAUGGAGAACGCCAAGGCCCUGGCCGACUCGGGAGGCAUCGAGAAGCUGGUGAACAUCACCAAAGGCAGAGGAGACAGGUCUUCUCUGAAAGUGGUGAAGGCAGCAGCCCAGGUCUUGAAUACCUUGUGGCAGUAUCGGGACCUCAGGAGCAUUUAUAAGAAGGAUGGGUGGAAUCAAAACCAUUUUAUUACACCUGUGUCGACAUUAGAGCGCGAUCGCUUCAAAUCACAUCCUUCCUUGUCUACGACCAACCAACAGAUGUCCCCCAUCAUUCAGUCAGUUGGCAGCACCUCUUCCUCACCAGCACUGUUAGGCAUCAGAGACCCUCGCUCUGAAUACGAUAGGACCCAGCCACCUAUGCAGUAUUACAAUAGCCAAGGGGACGCCACACACAAAGGCCUGUACCCUGGCUCCAGCAAACCUUCACCAAUUUACAUCAGUUCCUAUUCCUCACCAGCAAGAGAACAAAAUAGACGGCUACAGCAUCAACAGCUGUAUUAUAGCCAAGAUGACUCCAACAGAAAGAACUUUGAUGCAUACAGGUUGUAUUUGCAAUCUCCUCAUAGCUAUGAAGACCCUUAUUUUGAUGACCGAGUUCACUUUCCAGCUUCUACUGAUUACUCGACACAGUAUGGACUGAAAUCGACCACAAAUUACGUAGACUUUUACUCCACUAAACGACCCUCUUACAGAGCAGAACAGUACCCAGGCUCCCCGGACUCGUGGGUGUAGCAUUGAGACGCUCGGCAGAGGAACUCUUUCUUUCUAACCUUGCUUGGAUUGAGGUGAGAAGUCCGCCUUGCUGAUGUGAUGAUGAAAUGUGAAAGUGAAAUGGAAGGAAUGAGUGAAGAGCAUAUUUUUUUUUUCUUUUCUGAGGAAUUAUCAGGGAAGUGAGGAUACCUUUGGGAGAGGACUUUCUAAACUCUAUUUAGGUGUUAGGUCUAAUCACUUAUAGAUUAUGUAGUCUGGUGAAGGUGUGGGUGAUGUGAUGAGAGGUUUGAGAAGUGGAUGAAAUGAGAUGGGGUUGUGUAGGUCAUAUCAAAUUAAAGAUGAUUUUUUUAAUGUGAAUAAAGUUAUGUUCUGAUAGUUUGUACAGAAAAUAUAAAAUGGAUGCCCUUCAUGUUUUAUUGCUAUUACUAAAUGUCAAGAUUGUAUGCUAUUAUGUCUUGUAAAUUUCCUUUGUUGGUGUAAAUAUGGAAAUGCCACAUUGGUUAAGUGCCAUCAUUUGUAAUGCAGUGUGUCAUUUGAAAAGAGAUUUGAAGAAACUGACUGCUUAAAAAUCAAAGGGGAAGCCCAAAGAACUGUUAGCACUUCCAGCGCGACAUCCUUUGUCUUCACCACAAGUAGUGUAUUUGGAAGCACAAGGUCCAGUCUGGUACAGCAGCGCCACGCCCAUUCCCUGCCUCUUUCAUAGGACACUUCACUGCCAUUUUCUAUGCACAUGAAAGAAAAAUAAAUGUGGAACUUUCAUCCUUGGAAA